AUGGCCGCGGCCACCUCUAACCCCUACCUCCCCGGCAACGGCAUCCUGGCUGCCGGCUCCAUCGUCCACGCCGAUUCGGGCGGCGGCGGCGGCGGCGGCGGUGGCGGCAUGCAGCCGGGCAGCGUGGCAGUCACCUCGGUGGCGGGCGGCUACCGCGGCGACCCGGCGGCCAAGAUGGUCCAGAGCGACUUCAUGCCGGGCGCCAUGGCCGCCAGCAACGGCGGCCAUAUGCUGAGCCAUGCCCACCAGUGGGUGACAGCCCUGCCCCACGCCGCCGCCGCCGCCGCCGCCGCCGCCGCAGCCGCCGCCGAAGCGGGCUCGCCCUGGUCCGGCAGCCCCGUGGGCAUGACGGGCAGCCCCCAGCAGCCGCCGCCGCCGCCCGACGUCAAGGGCAGCGGCGGGCGCGAAGACCUGCACUCGGGCGCGGCGCUGCACCACCGGCCGCCCCACCUGGGCCCCCCGCACCAGGGGCACCCGGCGGCCUGGGGGGCGGCGGCGGCCGCCCACCUGCCCUCCAUGGCCGGCGGCCAGCAGCAGCAGCAGUCGCUCCUCUACUCGCAGCCCGGGGGUUUCACGGUGAACGGCAUGCUGAGCCCCCCCCCCGGCGGGCAGAGCCUGGUGCACCCCGGGCUGGUGCGCGGCGAGACGCCGGAGCUGGGCGAGCACCCCGGGCACCACCAUCACCACCACCACCAGCACCCUGGGCACCACCCGCCGCACCACGGCGGCGUCAACAGCCACGACCCGCACUCGGACGAGGACACGCCGACCUCCGACGACCUGGAGCAGUUCGCCAAGCAGUUCAAACAGCGGCGGAUUAAGCUGGGCUUCACCCAGGCCGACGUGGGGCUGGCGCUGGGCACCCUCUACGGCAACGUCUUCUCGCAGACCACCAUCUGCCGCUUCGAGGCCCUGCAGCUCAGCUUCAAGAACAUGUGCAAGCUGAAGCCUUUGUUGAACAAGUGGCUGGAGGAAGCCGACUCCUCCACGGGCAGCCCCACCAGCAUCGACAAGAUCGCCGCCCAGGGCAGGAAGAGGAAGAAGCGGACCUCCAUCGAGGUGAGUGUCAAGGGGGCCUUGGAGAGCCACUUUCUGAAAUGCCCCAAGCCCUCCGCCCAGGAGAUUACGAACCUAGCGGACAGCCUGCAGCUGGAGAAGGAGGUGGUCAGGGUUUGGUUUUGCAAUCGGAGGCAGAAAGAGAAACGGAUGACCCCCCCGGGGAUCCAGCAGCAGACCCCCGACGAUGUCUACUCCCAGGUCGGCACCGUCAACUCCGACACGCCGCCCCCUCACCACGGACUGCAGACCAGCGUGCAGUGAGGGGCAC